CGUUCAUCCAAGAUGGCGGAAAAUGGCGUCGAAGAAGAAGAAAAUAUGACUUCAGAAAAUGAUCUUCCCCCUGGCUGGGAAACUCGUUUUAUGACUGAUGGACGGAUAUAUUACAUCGAGUAAGUAUGGUGUAUUUUCUCUGCCGUUACGUACAUGUGUAUGUGCUGUUUAUGUCCACAAUAAAGUGUCAGAAGUGUACACUGUAGUCUGUAGACGUUUUGAGAAUUGAGGUCCAAAGUUAUAGAGUUGUAAAUUCUAACAUUCAUACAUCGUUCUUUCGCAGCCAUAAUACAAAACGAACCCAGUGGGAACAUCCUAAGAAUGGCAUAGUUACACGCAUCGAAGGAGGUACGAUAUUGUUGAGUUUAAACCAAUUUGGAAGCUGGUCAACUCGACCCACUGACCAACUCGGCCCAUACCAUCUUGGCCCAAUUGUUUACUACUGUUUGACAUAUUAGGAAAGCUGAUAUUUUACAAACCAAACCAAUACAGCCAUUUGCAGUUGCAUUGGGCGUACAGAUGAAUAAAGUUUGAGAACAUCCAGUUUGACUUAAUUUAAUUAACGAAGUGGCUAUUCGUACUGGAAUAUGGCACCCGAUUCUUACAUUACGUAAAGUGGCAAUAUAAAAUAGUUUUUUGCAACAGUUUUUAGCGAGCUUGCUGCUAGCGCAAUCGGCAAAGGCGUUGCGUGCGUGCAAAGUGAAACGAGGUCGGGUCCGGGUUUAGUUUUUGCCGUCGGUUUUCUGUUGACUUAAAAUAUUUUUACUUUUUUCCCUCCCACUUUUUAAAAUAUUUAUUUUACUUAAAAUAUUUUUACUUUUUUCCCCCCCACUUUUUUAACUCUCAAAUAGUUUAUUAGACCUUUUAUUGGUUAGGGUUAGAGAAGGGGUUGGGGUCAGGUUUAUCUUAAAUAUUAUGACUGCAGUACGAAUAGCAAAUCAAACUCGGCGUACUGUUCCAGUACGAAUAGCCACGGCGUUUAAUUAAAGAAUCUAUCGAAGUUUCAAAUUCUCGAUCUGUCUGUUUUGAUACUAAAUUACUACUAAUCAUUCAAAUCUCUCUCAAAAUUUGCAAAGAUAGAAUGCAGUCAUGGCUCCUGUCAUGCAGACAUGGCAGUUUUUUAUGCACCUAUCAAUGUUAAGCCCCAGAGGGGGGUGGGGUUGGGCAUAGGUGGGGCAUUUGAUUUUUUGAGCAAAUUUUCAAUCAAAUGCCCCACCGUCAGGCAAUAAAUAUUGGUCAAAUGCCCCACCAUUUUGCAAUAAAUACUAUAUUAAUAAACGUCAUUCGGUUCAAAUUGCCCCAACUCGGGGCCAAAAUGCUAUUCAAAAUCCCCAGGGUGGGGAUGCAAUUGAUGAUCAAAUACCCCACAUAAGCCUGAACCCCCUCCUCUGAGGGUUAACAUUGAUAGGUGCAUUAGUGGUUAGAUUAGUCAGUUUACGAGCGGGCAGAGUUGUUCCUUGAACGGUGGGCCGAGUUGGUUAGUGGGCCGAGUUGACUGUAAAGUAUAAACAAAACAGUUUGAUAAAAAAUGAAAUACUGAAUUAUUGCUUGGUUUUCAGAACUACCUUUUGGUUGGCAUAAAGAACAAGAUGAAGAUGGCCAGGACUACUAUGUGGAGUAAGUGAAACUUUUUCCUUGGUUUAUAAAUACGCCAAAACCAUUUCCUUGUCCCAAUUAUGGGAAUACUUGUUACCGUGGGGUUGUUGGUGGGUCCUCCUUUGACCUUUGCAUUUAACCAAAAUCUAGUCUACACAGUGUUUAUCAAAUUAAUUUAGCUUUUCUUUAUUUUUACUGUUAGCUCAGUAAAAGGUAAAACAACAUAUAUAGAUCCUCGUGUGGCAUUGACAACCAAGCCAAAAGUUAAAGGCAAGGUUAAAGUGGACACAUUCAAGACGGCAAUGGAUAUUUUGAAAGAUAAGAAUUUGGCGGGAAAAGUUGUGAUAAUUACUGGGGCAAACAGUGGUAUAGGUAAGUUCAAUGUUUGUGUGUUUUAUGUGGUGACACUUGAUGCCAUCAUAUGCUAAUGCCUAUCAACCUUUUGACCUACCUGUACACCCUUAGCCUUCACACACAUACAUCCUACUUAACCCAUUGAGCCGCAAUGCGCCCUACUUAUUUUUUCACUUGUCUGACACCAGAUGAUUUUACUUGUCAAGGGGGAAGCUCUGCAGCAUAAUGGGUUAACUAAAAAAUCUGACAAUGUCUCUAGUUAACCCAUUGAGCUGCAAUGAGCUGCAGUGUGCCCUACUUAUUUUUUUUACUUGUCUAAUGCCAGAUUAUUUUACACAUCGAGGGGGCAGCUCUGCAGCUUAAUGGGUUAAUUGUCAAUUUAUUUUCAUUUGAAGGAUUUGAAACAACAAAAGCAAUGUCUCUUUAUGGUGCUCAUGUUAUCAUGGCUUGUCGGGAUAUCCGUAAAGGAAACAUGGCUGCCGAGAAAAUACGAGAUAUUCGCAAGACUCUAAUUCCUAAACUGAAUGUUUUAAGACUUGAUCUUGCAUCCCUUGAAAGUAUUGAAAAUUUUGCAGAACAAUUCAAAGCUAUGAAACUGUAAGUAAAAAUAAUUUAAAUUAGUUAAAUGAAUAUAGUUCAUAUGUACAUUGGAUCCCCAUUUUGAGGUACUCUGUCUAAUGCAAACAAUUUUACGUAUCAAGGAGAGAGUGCUGGUGCUCAAUGAUUUCAUUAAUACCCUUUACAUAACACUUCUUUAUUUACUGCCAUCCACAUCAUUGUUUUCUAUAUCAUUCAGUCACUCUUUGUUUUGACAUAUUUUGUAACAAUGGCAUAUUAUUAACUGGAUGUUUCUUCAAAUUUUAGACCACUACAUAUUCUCAUCUGCAAUGCUGCAGUUUUAUCACCAUCAUGGCAACAAACCAAAGACAAUAUUGAACUAACUUUUGGUGUCAACCAUGUUGGUCAUCAUUACCUCGUUAAAUUGUUACAAGAUUGUUUGAUCAAGUCUGCACCAGCCCGAGUGGUUGUCACCAGCUCUGAAUCACACAGGUAAUGAACUGAUGAUAUUCCUACUAAGGGCCUGUCUGUAUGGAAGCUGGGCUGGCCCGCUAAGCGAGAUAGCCCGGUAAGCGAGAUCUCGCUGACAUGUGUAGUUAUUUUUAUAAUAAAAAUUAUUGUGCAUUUAUGUACAAGCGGGCUGGCCUGGUUGCCAAGAUCUCUCUUGAAAGAGGCAAGAUCACACUUACCAGGAUGGAAAUUACUCCAUAUAAAUACUCGCUAGCCCGGUUGUCGGGAUGAAAGUUCAAAGAUACUGCCACAAGCUGUCAAAACCACAAAAUUGUCCCUGCAAGGGGGAUGAAAAUUUCUCAUAUACAAGUACUGUACAAGCAAGAGAAAUUAUUCCACUUAUCAGGCUGUCUCGCUAAGUGGCUUCCAUAUAAACAGGCCCUUAAGAACUAUCAUACAGCAGACUGUGAUCAACCUGCAGUUCUCAGAAUAUGUCUUUCAGUAUGUAGUACUUACAGUAGUCUUGCUGCAAAUGUAGUAUUUCCUGCAAAUCAAUUAACCUUUCUCACGCCGCCAUUUUUGGGUGACAUUUAUUCAGCCAAAGUCUGCGAGAUAAGUCCACAUAACAGCGACUUUUUAUAAUUUUUUGGACGAAUGAUGGUAAAUUUGCUCUGUUAAUGGUUAGUUUAUUUUGAAACAUUGCUUUUCUUACUUGUCUGUAUUGGUUAACAAGAAUUAGAUGGCACCCAAAAAUGGCAGAUAUUCGUCAUCGUGAGAAAGGCUAAUAAAAUUAAGAGAUGCGCAAUUAUAGGAACGUUUCUGAAGUUGACCAAGAUCAGCUGUCCUGUAACAGCAGGUGCGCCAAGAAUUGCAUCGGGGGGAGGCACUUUGCCACGGCCCUGCAUACUGUAACGCUUGCUGAAUAGCACACAAUGAAAAAGUCAGAGCUUUUCAUUUGCAUGGAAAUUUUUGUUAUAUGUGUCCCACUUCCCAUAUAAAUGAUAUGAUGAUAUCAUCUCUAUUUUUAGAUUCCCAAAUUUCAACUACACAGAAGAGCUUGACAUAAAAAAGCUACCCUUACAAAAAUCAGAUUAUUGGUCAAUCCUGGCCUAUAAUCAAUCUAAACUGAGUAAUAUCCUGUUUUCCAUGGAGCUAAACCGUCGCCUCGCCCCACAGGGGGUAACCUCAAAUGCUGUCCAUCCCGGAAACAUGAUCUAUACAUCACUGGCUAAAAAUUCUUGGUUGUACUGGAUGAUGUAUUUUUUGUGCCGUCCAUUCUCUAAAUCACCGGUAUGUAACUUUUCAGUUUUGUACUUUAUUAGGGGUUAUUUAGUUAUUAUUAUUAAGGGUUAAAACCCUUAGCUAAAUACUUUUUAACUAUUAAAUUAAGCAACUUUUUUUAAAGUAAUGUUUUAAAAAAGUUGAGUAAUUUAAUAUUGAAUAACUUUAGUAAAGGGUUAAUUUUGAGUAACUUUUGGCAAUACACCUUGAUGCAUCCUACUUUAUUAUUUUAUUCUGUCUAAUGCCAGACAAUUUUACUUAUGGGCACUGUGUGGCACUCAAUUGGUUAAUAUAUUCUUUUUGAUAACCAAAUCUUAACAGUUUCUUUUGUUUGAAAAUCACUAAUUAUUUUUAUUAAAGCUGCAUGCAAACCUACAUAGUAUAGAUGGAUUUUCAGAUUUUGGUUUGGGGGAGGUGAUUUGGGUUGGGGUGAAAGUUUUUGGUUUUAUUUAAUUAAAAAAAUUAUUGUUUUAAGUGUUGCUUUGUUCAAAACGCUUCUUUCAAUCACGCUACUGUCAUUUAACCCAACAAGUAUUAAAAAUCUGGGCACAGGUGUGCAAAUUUCUCUGUGUGGGUGGGAAAACUUUCUCAAGCGGUGCAAAAUAUAUUUGGGGGUGUGCAACCCCCUUCGUUAGCCAGAAAAUCCGUCUAUGCUACAUAGUAUAGCUCAUACAGUAUACAAAAUAUUGCAGCUACAAUAUUUCAUUUCUUCACUGAUGUAGGCGCAAGGUGCUGCAGUUGUGACUUACUGUGCUACAUCACGAGAACUGGACAAUUCAGGAGGGUACUACUUUAAUAAUUUUUAUGCAAUCGAACCUUCAAAGGAAGCCAUGAACGCGGAAACAGCCCAAGAACUCUGGAAACUCACAGACUAUCUGAUAAGUGAUAGGCAGAAACUAUACAGGUAUCAUAUUUACUGAAUUAAUUUCAAUUUUGUUAUAUUUAUUUCUUAUGUUUUUUAAAAAAACAUAGGUGUGGGGGCGAGGGAGAAAGAAAUUUGCCUGACAUUCUUUAUUUUGCACCAUUAUAACAAGUACGCGAUGCAUGCAUGUAUCUGAAAAAAAACUUGAUUUACAUUUUCAUCACUUAUUAUAAUAAAUAUAAUAGCAAAUAAAAUUUUAAGGUCAAACAUAAUACAAAUUUAACAGGGCUGUACUCAGCAUGGAGGGCAGCAGGGGCAAUUCCCCCCCCCCCCUCCCCUCCCGCCGAAAAAUUUUAACUAAUUUUAUAAUGUGAUUAUGAUUGUAACAGAUAAUUAUGCAGUAAGGAAAUAAAAAUUUCGUAUUUAUUCGAAGUGUCCGACUGUCUGUACACUGUCACUUGUCAAUCCAUACUCAUCAAAUUUUCAAAACUUUAUUGUGAUCAUAUGAAGCAAAAGUUCUGUCGCUUGUUGUUUACACUUGCCAAUGUUGACUGUUGAGUAACAUACACAAAUUAUUCAAGAACAUGCAUUACUGUAGCAACGUCAAUGAGUCAAAUCAUAUAUCCAAGACCACUGAAUAGUAAAGAAUGUUUUAUGUUUUGAAAGUCGUGAGUAUAAUAGUAUAUAAUUCAAUUCCAAUCUUGUGUCAGUUAAUGAUAUACCACAGUUUAACACAACAUAUCGAAACAAAAACAAUUUGUGUUGUGGGAGAGUCGUCGGUUUGAGUAGAACUAGAAGGUAUCACAAGUUUAGUUGUGUACAUUGUGUGCCAUUGAUCUGAUCCAUCCAUAUAAUAUAUGAUUAUUGUAGCUGUUAAGUUUUUUUUCCAUACUAUGAAUGAAUUUAGGUACGAUUGUCUUGAUUGCACUUGAAGAAAGUGGAAAAAGUGGGUAAAAUGAACGAAAAGUAAAGGCUAUAGCCUUACUUUUAAGCCAUUUUUGUUUCUUUUUCAAAAAUGAAAAAAGUGGCUUAAAAUAGACGAAAAUUUAUGUGAUUACCCUAAUACUUUUAAGACUUGCUUUUGCCCCUUUUUCAAGAAUAAAAAAGCAUGUUUUUUUUCUGUGUUGGUGCAAUGUACUCAGGUGAAUAUUACGCUUGUGAUGUUACUCUGAGUGAAAUAUCAGUGCCCACGGUGGGCCAGGCAUAUUUUUCAAGCUUGUGGUGUGGAUAUUCAGGGACCACAGCAGCCUCGUCUCUAGGCCUCUUAAUACGCAGUCUUAUGUGGGAUAAUAUAAAAGGUGUGCACAAAGGACUAGGGACUAAUCUGUGACCAUAGUUAUUACAAAAGUCAAAAGUCACCGAACUGUGGAAUCGCAUCAAAAAUUCGUAUAUUGGCCACUCCCACCAACGUCUUCGACCGCACCUACAUAUAUUUUUGCAUGUUUACAAUUCUAAUUUUGAACAGCCAAUCGGGUUCUUGGUAACAAUUACAAUUAAACGUGGAUUGGCUGUUUAAAAUUAGAAUCGUAAAGAUGCAAAAAUAUGUAGGCGCGGUCGUAGACGUUUGUGGGAGUGGUCGAUAUACCACUUUUUGAUGCGAUUCCACAGUCUCCACAGUUCGGUGACUUUCGUAAUAUAUCUUUUAAAAAUCAAAAAUUGCCUCAACCUACUCCAACCUUUCUGAAAAUUGUGGAGAACCAUUUUUGUCAUCAAAACAAUUACUUUCCACGUUUAGACGGCGUAUUUUGGAAAAUUUUCCUGAUUGGUUUCCUUUUAUCCGAGUAUCGUGCUAAAUGAAGUAAAAUUGAACUAAAGAUUAAUUAUGACUUAAUUAUGACCUCUUUUAUGACUUAAUUCUUAAAGAUAGCUCAGACUCCCCCCAGGGUGCCCGCCUCAGACUUCAGUUGGUAUCAAAAUAUCGCUGUAUUCACUUUAAUAAAUUUGACAAGAAAUAAAAUAUCACUGCAUGAAAUUAACAAGAAAUAAAAUAAUAUCUCACUGUAAAAAAUAAAUUUGAAAAGUGAAUUGAAGUAAUACAAUUGAAUUUACACCAAGUACCGCCGAGCUUGCUGACAAAUUUGGCUGUAUGGUGUAAAUUUUUAUAGUUUAUUUAUAGUUCAAUCGGUUGUGCAUCUAUGGUUGUGCACAGUGAUUGUGCACCUAUGGUAUAUGGCCACUGAGCUGUAUAAUAACCUGUAAUAUAGUAUAGCUCAGUGUAUAUGGCCAGUGAUACGCCCCCCCCUGUCAUUCUAAAAUAGCUCGGAAUUUGUCGACUUGCAUCGUACAGUCCAGAGAUCCCGAAGAAGUGCCGGGCUUUUCCGAAUUUUAAUUUUUUUACCGCGUGGUGAAGAAUGGAGAAACAAGUAAAAAUUAAAAUGGAGGACAUUUUUUUAUCAAAUUUUAUACCUUUAUUGGAAGGUAAUAUGCUUUAUUUAAUAUCAAACCUUAUAGUAGAGUACUUAGAUUGCCAAUAUAGAUGGAAAUUUAGGACAUCCAGCCUGAAUUUAAUGCGAUAUUUCGACAUAAAGUUUGUACUUUUGCUUUGCACCUGGUUCGAUUUAUAAUUUCUAUAAGCGAUUGUGGAACUUUGAACCAGUUUUAAUUCAUAAUUAUUGUCGAACAAGUGAGUAAAAUGACUAACUAAGAUCAAGAAUUGUUUGAGAAAAUUUUAUUAAAUGCCAUAUACACGAAUAUUUCAUAGACGAAUACAGUAUUUCAUCAGCUAAUUCAGCUUGUACAUUUCAAUCUUGCGACAAAAUAUUUUAACAAUAUGGUAGAAGUAGCCUUGCUUUAGCAACAUUACAAUGUAUUUGAUUCUUGCUUGCAAAACAAAGUUUGAAGCACAUCUACUCCAAGCUCAAAAAUUUGCAACCGUAGCAUAUUUUCAACAUGGGCUGGCAAGGAUUCAGAGAGUGCUAAAAAAUAAAAAGGACAGUAUUUGUUAAUUUAAAAGCAGAUUAACUUGAUUUAUUAGGACAGCAGAUGCCUGAAGUCAAAAUGAAGUUGAAAAAAAUUCCAAUCAAAUUUUUCCAAUUGGUCAGCAUUUUUCAAAUCUAUUGGGUCGUUCCAGAAAAGAUCUGCACUCCCCCCGCGGAGGAAAUUUCUGCUGUCUGGAGGGGGGAGAUAGACAAAAAUUGUUUCUGAUAAUCAAUGUAUCGCAUGUUUUUAUUGUCCAACAUGGACGUGACUUUCAGACAAUCCUCCCUUAUUCAAUAUUCACUUUAUUUUCUAAUUUCUACUGUGAAAAUCAGAGGAAAUUGAACCUAAAACCUUCAGUUUCAUCUCGGAGACGGGUUUUCCAAAACUUUUAACAACUGAACUGUAUUUUUGAGCCGGUUUUAUUAAGUUCAUGAAAUGUUAAAAUUCCUGCAUGGUCCCAGGGGCCGGGUUCACACUCUUAGUAAAAUUUUCAUCAAUUUUUAUAGAUGUGCAGUGCAAGUUCCAAGAAUGUUGCAAGACUCGUGAUUAUGAAAAAUGGACACAUUCCAAGAUCCUGAAUUAGAGGUAAAUGAUUUUUCUUCUAAUUAUUUCUAACCUUCUCCUUUAUGUCUUGGACUAAUAUAUUAAUUUGUUUCAUGUUCUUAAUAGUGAGUUUUUAAAUUUUCUAGAUGUGUGUUGCAAUUUCAAAGAAUGUCUCAAGAUGUUGGCUGAAGUGUUUUUCAUCACAAAAAUGAACACUGUCAUUGGAAAGUAUAUAAAAGGUCUUAAUAUUUUCAUGUUUUAUCUUACAUGAAAUGUUUUGAACAUUAUAUGAUUGCCUGUGAUCAAUAGUUUCAAAAAUCCAAGCAGAUUAUUGUAAAAAUAGCGUGACCAUGUUACUUAUGAC